AUGAUUAGAAUUUUCUACAAUUCAAAAGGAGGCUUGCUUCCGAGAAGGCAAAUUCCUUCAAAAUAUUUGAAUCAUGUCGUGUACAUGUCAUCAAAAGAGGUCCGAAAUUCUUUCAUUAAAUAUUUUGAACACUUUGAUCAUAUCAACGUUCCCUCAUCGUCUGUAAUACCACAAGAUGAUCCUAGUUUGCUUUUCGUUAAUGCAGGAAUGAAUCAGUUCAAAUCCAUAUUCCUGGGUGGAACUUCCAACAGAUGGGCCAACAUUCCUAGGAUUGUAAAUUCACAAAAAUGCAUGAGAGCAGGAGGAAAGCACAACGAUUUGGAAGACGUAGGAAAAGAUUUCCAUCACCAAACUUUCUUUGAGAUGUUAGGAAACUGGUCUUUCAAUAAUUCAUACGGGAAAGAAGCAGCUUGUGAAUUAGCUCUGAACUAUCUAACUUAUACACUGAAAAUCGAUCCUUCUAGAUUAUAUUAUACGUAUUUUGGAGGGAACAAGAGUUGCCCAGAAGAUUUCAGUACUAGAGCAAUUUGGUUGAAAUUGGGAAUCCCAGAACAACGAAUUUUACCAUUCGAAAAAGAGAACUUCUGGGAAAUGGGAUCUGUAGGACCUUGUGGUCCUUGUACUGAAAUUCACUUUGACCGUGUAGGCGGUAGAGAUGCUUCUGCAUUAGUGAAUAGAGAUGAUAGUGUGGUUGAGAUAUGGAAUAUAGUGUUUAUGCAGUUGAGCAGAGGUCUGGAUAAUCGAUUGAAUCCGCUUCCUCAUCUCCACAUCGAUACUGGCAUGGGGUUGGAAAGGUUGCUUUCAAUCUUACAGGGUGUUCCUUCUAACUUCGAUACGGAUCUUUUCCUGCCAUUGUUCCAACAGCUUACCAAGGUUUCGGAUAAGAAAUAUACUCAUUCACUCAGUUCCCUAUCAGAUAGAGCUUACAGGCUUAUUGCAGAUCAUUUAAGAGCAAUAACCGUUUGUUUGGCUGAUGGAGCAGCAUUUGGUCCUGAUAAUAGAGGUUUUAUCAUGCGAAAGAUGCUUCGGCGAGCAUGUUGGAAUGCUUCGCAUCAUUUGAACAUUCAAAGAGGGUUCACGCCAAGCUUAGUGCCGAUCAUAGUCGAAACCUUAGGUGGAGCUUACCCAGAGUUGAAGAGAGCCGAGGAACAAAUCAAAAAAAUGUUAGAAAAAGAAGAAGAUCAGUUCUGGAUGACUAUUGAUAAAUCUAAAAGUGUCUUCAAUGAAAUGCUGUUUCGUAUGCCGGAAAACACUGCUUUCAGUGGUCAGGACGCUUGGAAGCUACAUGACACUUUUGGCUUGCACAUCGAUGUUACGCAAGACAUAUUGGACACAAUGGGAUUAACGGUCGACACAGAAGAGUUCCGAAAGCUCCAAAAUGAUGCUAAGAUGAUUAGCCGAGCCGCCAGUAGUUUAUCUCCAAUCGUUAUAUCGUCUAACGAGUUCUUGGAUCAUACUGAUGACGCAAAAUAUGAAUACACUUAUGACGGAUGUAAUUACACUUUUCCUAACAUCGAGAGUCCAAUAAUGGCCCUCUAUGUUAAGUCUAACCGUGUGCAAGAAUUACGAGGCGAAGGAUCUCUCGUUCUGAAAGAAUGUCAGUUUUAUGGAACUGAAGGGGGUCAGAAACAUGAUGAAGGCUACUUGUACUACGGCAAACAGAAAGUAUUUGAAGUAAAAAAUGUUCGGAAAGUUCAAGGAGUUACUCUCUUAGAUGGAAUCACCUGUAACGAUUCCCAGAUUAAUGUGGGAAUGAGUAUAGUUCAAAAAAUUGAUGAGAAGCGCCGUUUGGGAUUGAUGAGAUCGCACACUGGGACCCAUUUGAUCAACUGGGCGCUGAGAAUGAGAGGUAUUGGAACAGGUCAGAGAGGUUCUUCUGUGGAUGACGAUAGCUUUCGAUUCGACUAUGGAACAACGGAGAAGCAUAGCUUAACUGAGUUGAAAUUGGUAGAACAGUUAGUGAGAGAACAAAUCCAGAAGAAGCUUUCGUUGAUUACGGAGAACAUUUGUUCUAAUGAAAUAGGUACAAUUAGGAAUUUGCAAUCUGAUAUAAAGGAGGACAAGAAAUACCCGCCUAUGCUAAGAGUUUGCGCUAUAGGAUCACGUUUAGAUAAUAAUGCUAUUGCUGUAGAAUGCUGUUCUGGAACUCAUCUGAAAAACACAUCUUCUUUGCACGAGUUAGUGAUAAUGUCUGAUAAAUCUGCGGCCAAAGGUAUUCGCCGACUUCAAGUUCUGACUGGUGAAAAAGCGAGAGAUGCUAAGAAAACCAGCAAAAGAAUAAUGGAUGAGUUUGCGACAAUAGAGAACAAGAACAUGAAAAGAUUUAUUAACGAGAUCACAUGGAAUAGGAUAGGGUUAUUUGACACAGUGCUUUUAAAGGAAAUGAUAAAUACGAGAAAACUCAAAAAAUAA